UCUGAUAUCACUGAUGAGUGAUAAUACGAAAGACAAUAAUAAGAAAUGGAAUAACACAAAUGAGUAAUUAUUCUCGCAGUUGUAAAUAAAUGGAAAUAAAAUCAUAGGAUCUUACACGAUUGCGAUGUUAUAAAUUGACCAUCUUCUUUCAAAGCAAUUCUACAGGUUACGAAUGAAAUGUUUUAUGUCCCUUCUCCUGUAUCUGAAGGUAUUUCAGAAAAUGAGGAAGCUACAGAACGUACUACCAACUCAAACUCACCUGCGGAGGAAACAUACGAAAACGAAUGGAAUAACCUUACUUCCCAGAAGGAUAUUAAUGUUUUGAAAAACUACGCCUGCGAAGGAAAUUUGCGAUCUUCUUCCAUCAGAAGCAUAUACUGGCGUGUGUUCCUCGAUAUUUUCCCCAUUUCCUUAUCCGAAGAAUGGUUAAAUAUAGCGAGAUGUUCGCGUAAAACAUACAACGAAAUGAAAAAUGAUUUUUCAUUAGAUCCUCGCACUUCUUCUAGUCUUCCAGAUGAUAAUCCUCUGUCGCAAGAUGAAAAUAGUGUGUGGUACAAAUAUUUCUGUGAUAAUGAACUGAAACGAGUAAUCAAACAGGAUGUCGUUCGAACCUCACCGGAGAAAGCCUUUUUUCAACAAUCAAAUAUUCAAGAAAUUAUGAUAAAUGUGCUUUUCAAUUACGCCCGACAAAACCCUAAAAUAUGCUACAGACAGGGUAUGCAUGAAAUUUUAGCCCCUCUUGUGCUUGUACUUCACGAGGAUUAUGAAGCAUUUGAACAGGCCAAGCAGACUUCUGUGAUAAAUUCGUUCAUUUCGGAAAUUUUAGAUUCGAAUUACCUGGAAGCAGAUGUUUUUCAUCUGUUUUCGUUUAUUAUGUGCCAUAUGGCUAAAUAUUAUGAUGUUGGUAAUGUUCCUACAGCAAGUGGUCACUUUCCCUCACAAAAUUUUUCAUCAGAAAACAACGAUUCGAGUAAUGAAAUAUCCGAAAGUCCAAUAUGUUCUCAUUUAAACGAUUUGAAAGAUACCAUUUUAUCGUCUUGUGAUCGUCAACUAUACGAUUAUUUAAUAAAGCUGAAUAUACCAUUUACAGCUUUUGGCAUCCGCUGGUUAAGACUUCUGUAUGGUAGAGAAUUUCCAUUUAGAGAAUUAUUGAUCUUAUGGGACGCUAUUUUUGCGGUCCAACCCGACUUCGAUCUAGUCGAUUACAUUAUAAUUGCCAUGUUGAUAGCGAUCCGUGAUAAAUUAUUGAGUAGCGAUUAUAUGGAAUGUUUGAAUUGUUUAAUGAAAUAUCCAGCCACAGUAAAUAUAACGUUCGUUGUAAAUUUCGCUUUAUAUAUUCACAAUCCGAUGUCUUAUCAAAAACCCUCGACGAAACAUUUAAACGUAAUAUCGAGCGAACAGUCAUCGCAAGACAAAAAUAAUACUGCGAACAAAACUCAUAAUUUGAAACCGAAUUCCAACAAACAUUUGAAUAUCGCUAAAAAGUUCAAGAAUUUAAAAAUGAAUCCAAUGAAGAAGAACUCGUCCAAGGAUCAUGAUUUUAAUCUCGUUGAUGAUUAUUCGACCAAAACUUUUGAAGUAGUUGUCACCGAGCUGAAACAUAUGCGAGUGGUGAUGUCAUUAUGUAAACUGAAACUUUACCAAUAUCACGAAAUUUUGACCGCCUCUGUUUCAUCAGAAGAUACCAAAGCUCAACAAGCACUAACUGGUAUACAAGAGCUAUGCACGUUAUUGGAUAUCGAUCACUUUUCGCUGAAAUCUUCAGACAACAGCAAUAAUUCAGAUAUCGAGACUGGACGAGAAGCCAGAGAGGUGCAAUUUGCGUAUCCAGAAUGUAGUAGUAGUUCUUUUUCGCGUCCUUCGAUCGACGCAGUUGCGCUUUAUUUACCACCACCCAAUAGUGAUAUUGAUAUGAAAAUAUUCAAACGUACCGAAUGUGAAACGACUGAUUUUUCAAAAUUUCCUGUGGAAAAUCCACUGAAACUUAAUAAUAGAGAUUAGGUAAUUUUAAUCAUUUCAUUUUUAUUAUUCAACUUUUAUAAUUGUAUGUACUUUCUCAUUUACCAUUUAUUUUACUUAUUUACAUUUGUUCUUUUUUUCUUUUUUUAAACUUGAGUUUUAAGUUGAAUAACAAACUGAUGAUGGCAAAAGAAGUAGAAAAAUGUAUCCCAGCAUUGUUAAAGUUGCAUUCACGAAUGUUAACACGAACUUAUAAUAGUGUUCGGAAGAAAUAAUAUUUGAGCUUUUUCUGAAACACAAAAAUUUAGUGAAAGUAUUUGUUUUUCGUUAUAUUAUUUUUAUCGCAUUUUUAUUACUUAUUUUUUCCAACAAAUUAUACUGUUGUUCUCAAUA